AUGUGGUUGAAGCAUGAGGAUUGCCAUGAGAUCGUUCAGCAGCAGUGGCAACGCCCUGUUCUAGGGCAACCAAUGUUUCUGGUGUCCAAGAAGAUUGCUAGAACCAGUAUUGCGUUAGAUGUUUGGCAGCGCAGUGUAUUUGGUGAUCGUCAAAAAGCAUUAAUAUCAGCGACUCGUUCACGGUUGGAGGAGCUUCUGAGCUUGUCAGCGACUCCGGAGUUGUUGGCAGAGAGGGGUACUUUGAUGGCACGUUUGGAGAGUUUGCUAUCAAAGGAGGAAUUGUACUGGAGUCAAAGAGCUAAGGUUUCAUGGCUUAAGGAGGGAGAUCGUAAUACUGGUUUCUUUCAUCGUAAGGCUUCUAACAGGAAAAGGAAAAAUUUCAUUGGCGGUCUUUAUGAUGAUGCAGGGAACUGGAAAGAAGAUGAUGAUGGUCUGGAAAAUGUUGUUGUGAACUAUUUUGAGAAAAUUUACAAGGCAGGAACUGUUGAUGGUGGGGCUUUGUAG